AUGGUGAGCAACUACCCUUCCCUCUUUUUCGUGACUGUGAUGAACCCAGAGCUGAGCACACACAUCCAUGUGCGCACUCUCAUUGACUCAGGGUGUGCCAGAGACUUAAUCAAUCCUUCCCUGGUGACGGGGUUGGGGGCCCCUGUGGAGAAACUACCUGACCCCGUCGUCUUCACGCAGAUGGACGGUUCUUCCAUGAAAGAACCGUGUAAAUAUCAGACUGUCCCUUUAAGGAUGGGGGCGGGUACCCAUUGGGAACACCGGCCAUUUUUCAUCACUCUGGUGGCACAGUUCCCGCUGGUUUUGGGGAGCCUGUGGCUACACAAUCAUAAUCCCUACAUCCUAUGGGAGGAGAGGCAGGUGUGUUUUAUCUCUCCCAAAUGCCAUGAGCAUGGCUGGGAUCCUAACUGGGGAAUGACACCUCCCGAUGAACCAGUUAGAGCCUGUCUAGCUAAGGAGGAGCUGAAUGCCAUCCCUCCCGCCUACUGGGAUUUGGCUCGGAUAUUCGAGGAGGAAGAAGCAGAUGAAUUGCCCUCCCCCUGCAAUACUGACUGUGCCAUUGAGCUGUUACCGGGUCAUAAAUUGCCCAAGAGUAAGAUCUAUGCGAUGAGCCCUACGGAGAAGGAGGAACUGUGGAAGUUCAUUGAUAAAAACUUAGCUCGGGGUUUCAUUCGCCCCGCCCCCUCCCCAUUUGUGGCUCCUGUGUUGUUCGGGAGGAAAAAGGAUGGGGGGUUGUGCUUGUGUAUGAACUACUGGGGCCUGAACGCAGUAUCAGCCACCAAUGCCUACCCCCUCCCCCUAAUCAAAGACCUCUUGGCGGAGGUGGCCAAAGGGAAAAUCUUUUCCAAACUGGACUUACGAGAUACAUACUUCAGAGUGCUCAUCAAAGAGGGGGAUGAAUAUAAGACUGCAUUCAAUACCCCUCUGGGGCAAUUCAAAAACAAGGUUAUGCCGUUUGGUCUCCAGGGAGCGCCGGGGGUGUUUAUGAACUUGAUCAAGGAAGUGUUGCAUGAACACCAAUUUCGGGGGGGCCUUAUUUACAUUGAUGAUAUCUUGUUGUACUCCCCCGAUGAAGAGUCACGUGUGAAAUUGAAUGGGGUUUUGCAGUAUUUGGUAGAGAGGGUGGAUUUUGGGCCGCAAUAUAGGGAAUGGGUGAAAGCAUCUGAUGUUAAUGCCCCUUGCCUGGUGCGUAGCUUCCAUGCUUGCUUCCCAUCUAAAGUGGGGGGGACUUGGGGGGCGGGAUGUCGGUUGACACCGCCAUGGGAUGUCUCCAGUGCUAGGAUCACUGAAGAGAAGAAACCUUCAGGUCUGACAGAUGAAAAAGUGAAGGCCUAUCUUUCUCUUCACCCGCAGGUACUGGAUGAAUUUGUGUCAGAAAGUAUUAGUGCUGAGACAAUAGAGAAAUGGCUGCAAAGGAAAUGCAACGCAAAGGAAGAUGUUUCAGUCGCUAAGCAAGUCAACAGGUACCAGGAUACUGAUAUGCAAGGAGUGGUAUAUGAACUGAACAGCUAUAUAGAGCAGAGGUUGGACAUAGGAGGGAAUAACCAUCUGCUUCUAUAUGAAUUGAGUAGUAUUAUUCAAAUGGCUACAAAUGCUGAUGGAUUUGCAUUGUAUUUCCUGGGUGAAUGCAAUAAUAGUCUCAGCAUGUUCACACCACCAGGAGAAAAUGAUGGACAACCACGUCUUGUUCCUGUAGGGCCCAUUACACUUGGAACCACAAUAUCUGCAUAUGUAGCUAAAUCUAGAAGAACAUUGUUGGUGGAAGAUAUUUUGGGGGAUGAGCGAUUUCCCAAAGGUACUGGAUUGGAAUCAGGGACUCGUAUACAUUCUGUGCUUUGUUUGCCAAUUGUUACUGCAAUUGGUGACUUGAUUGGUAUCCUGGAACUCUAUCGGCACUGGGGAAAUGACAUCUUCCAUGUCAGUCAUCAAGAGGUUGCAACAGCCAAUCUUGCAUGGGCCUCAGUAGCAUUACAUCAAGUAGAGGUGUCAAAGGGCCUUGCCAAACAGACUGAACUGAAUGACUUCCUGCUUGAUGUAUCAAAAACAUAUUUUGAUAACAUAGUCGCAAUAGAUUCUCUACUUGAACAUAUCAUGAUAUAUGCAAAAAAUCUGGUGAAUGCAGACCGCUGUGCGCUAUUCCAGGUAGACCACAAGAACAAGGAACUGUAUUCAGACCUAUUUGAUAUUGGUGAAGAAAAUGAAGGGAAACCUGUCUUUAAGAAGACCAAAGAAAUAAGAUUUUCUAUUGAAAAAGGAAUUGCUGGUCAAGUAGCAAGAACAGGUGAAGUUCUCAACAUUCCUGAUGCCUACGCAGAUCCACGCUUCAACAGAGAAGUAGACGUCUACACAGGUUACACCACCAGAAACAUUUUAUGCAUGCCCAUUGUGAGCCGAGGAAGUGUGAUAGGCGUUGUACAAAUGGUGAACAAACUGAGUGGAAGUGCCUUCUCUAAAACAGAUGAGAACAACUUUAAAAUGUUUGCUGUCUUUUGUGCUUUAGCCUUACACUGCGCUAAUAUGUACCACAGAAUUCGCCAUUCAGAGUGCAUUUACCGUGUAACUAUGGAGAAACUUUCCUAUCACAGUGUUUGUACAGCAGAAGAAUGGAAAAACCUCAUGGACUGUGUACUCCCAUUAAAUAUCAACCAAGAAAUUGAACUGUACCACUUUGAUAUCAGUCCCUAUGAAGAUUUAUGGCCAGCCAUUUUUGUCCAUAUGGUCCAUCAGUGUUGUGGGACUGGCUGUUUCGAACUAGAAAAACUAUGCCGUUUUACUAUGUCUGUAAAGAAGAACUACCGCCGUGUGCCCUAUCACAAUUGGAAACAUGCAGUUACAGUUGCCCAUUGCAUGUAUGCCAUCCUUCAGCAUAACCAUGAGCUUUUCACAGACAUAGAACGAAGAGGUCUCCUCGUUGCAUGUUUAUGUCAUGACCUGGAUCACAGAGGUUACAGCAACAGCUACCUUCAGAAGUUUGAUCAUCCACUAGCUGCUCUUUAUUCCACCUCAACCAUGGAGCAACACCACUUUUCACAGACAGUAGCUAUAUUGCAGUUGGAAGGCCACAAUAUCUUCAGUAAUUUGAAUUCCACGGAGUAUGAACAGGUCCUGGAAAUCAUUCGCAAAGCCAUCAUUGCUACAGAUCUUGCUUUGUACUUUGGAAACAGGAAACAGUUAGAAGAUCUUUAUCAGACAAGAACACUAAACCUUAAAAAUCAAGCACAUAGGGACCGCGUAAUUGCAUUGAUGAUGACAGCUUGUGACUUGUGUUCUGUUACAAAAUUGUGGCAUGUAACCAGAAUGACAUCCAGUGAUAUAUAUGCAGAAUUUUGGACUGAGGGUGAUGAAAUGAAGAAGCUAGGUAUUCAACCUAUUCCCAUGAUGGACAGAGACAAGAAGGAUGAAGUUCCUCAGGGCCAGAUUGGGUUCUAUAACGCUGUAGCUAUUCCAUGCUACACUACACUCAUGGAGAUCCUCCCUGCCGCAGCACCACUGCUUCGGGCCUGCAAGGAAAAUCUCAAACAAUGGGAAAAAGUGAUGAACGGAGAAGAAGCUUAUGGAUGGCUACCAGCCCAGCAAGAUGAAACAGAGACAUCAGAUUCACUUCCAGUGAAGAUUGAUGACUGA